ACAGUGACUACACUCUGCUGCUUAUCCGGGGAUGUCACACUGCUGCUAUUUUCUCCUCUCCGGUUCCUCUCGCUUUCAGCGUACAUUUCUAGUUGAGAGAAACGGAGAUUAUAAGACACCAAACACAGGCCGAAAAUGGCAGAGCUUGGUACGGGGAGCCUAUCGUUGUGGGAUCCUACUGUUAAUUACCAGGAACAUGAGCUGAAUGAGCGACUGAAGCGGCUUUACCCGGCCGUGAACGAAGAAGAGACCCCUUUACCCCGGUCCUGGAGCCCCAAGGAUAAAUACAGCUACAUCGGGCUGUCACAGAACAACCUGAGGGUCCAUUACAAAGGCCAUGGGAAAAACCACAAGGAUGCCGCAUCAGUACGAGCCACACAUCCAAUUCCUGCUGCCUGUGGGAUCUACUAUUUUGAAGUCAAAAUUGUCAGUAAAGGUCGAGAUGGCUACAUGGGAAUCGGCUUGUCUGCUCAGGGAGUCAACAUGAACAGACUGCCUGGAUGGGACAAGCACUCAUAUGGUUACCAUGGAGAUGACGGCCAUUCCUUCUGCUCCUCUGGGACUGGCCAACCAUAUGGACCAACGUUCACCACGGGUGACGUGAUUGGCUGUUGCGUUAACCUCAUCAACAACACAUGCUUUUACACCAAAAAUGGCAUCAGUUUAGGUGUGGCUUUCACAGACCUGCCGCCCAACUUGUACCCCACUGUGGGGCUUCAAACUCCGGGUGAGAUUGUAGAUGCAAACUUUGGACAGCAGCCAUUUGUCUUUGACAUUGAGGACUACAUGAGUGAAUGGCGAGCGAAGAUCCAUGGUAUGAUUGCUCGCUUCCCCAUUGGAGAAAGACUGGGUGACUGGCAAGCUGUCCUGCAAAAUAUGGUAUCCAGUUACCUAGUCCACCAUGGAUAUUAUGCCACUGCCACAACCUUUGCCAGAGCCACAGAGACAAUGAUACAAGAAGACCAGACAUCUAUAAAGAACAGACAGAGAAUACAGAAGCUGGUGCUGGAAGGACGUGUGGGCGAAGCCAUCGACGCCACUCAGCAACUUUAUCCUGGCCUGUUAGAACACAACCCAAACCUUCUAUUUAUGUUGAAGUGUCGUCAGUUUGUGGAAAUGGUGAACGGUACAGACAGUGAGGUUCGCUGCUUGACCAUCCGCUCUCCCAAGUCCCAGAGCAGUUACCCUGGCUCACCCAAUCUUAGCCCUCGUCAGGGAGCUGGAAAUUCACACUCGCACACAGGAGGUGUAGACAGCCCAACCUGCAGUAAUGGGGUGACGCCCACCAAAAAAUCAAAGAGCCACAGCAGCGUUAUUAGCAGCAUCGUCAAAUACCCCAGCACAUCCUCCUCAGCCUCCUCGUCCACCUCCUCCUCACCUUCAUCCAUCAACUACUCAGAGUCUAAUUCCUCUGACUCUACCAAGAGCCAGCCACACAGCGCCAAUAGCAACCAAGAAACAAGUGACAGUGAGAUGGAAAUCGAAGCAGAACACUACACCAAUGGAGUUGUUGAGGUCUCAUCUGCCCGGAUCAUGAAUGGCACAUAUAAACACGAAGAGAUCCUUCAGCCAGAUGACAACAGCAUUGGCAAUGGUGUCACAGAAGAUGAGGGUUAUAGAAACAGUAGACAACUUUGUGGAGGGAACCAAGCAGCCACAGAGAGGAUGAUACAAUUUGGACGGGAGCUGCAGGCACUAAACGAAAAGCUGUGUCGCGAUUAUGGCAAGAACACAACACACAAGAAAAUGUUGCAGGAUGCAUUCAGUCUGCUAGCGUACUCAGAUCCGUGGAACUGCCCUGUGGGCCAGCAGUUAGACCCCACACAGAGAGAGUCACUCUGCUCCGCACUCAACAGCGCCAUACUGGAGUCCCAAAAUCUGCCCAAGCAGCCUCCUCUGGUGUUAGCACUGGGUCAGGCUACCGAGUGUGUACAGCUUAUGGCUCGGGUCCGGUCUGGUUCCUGCUCCUUUGCCAGAGUAGACAACUUUUUGCUCUAGCCCUUGUGUUGGUUUAUAUGAUGUUGCACUGAAAGAGGGCAAGUCCAGCAGGUAGUUGCCAUAGCUACGGAGAAGAAUGCAUGCGUGUGAUUGGUGUGUUUGGUUGACUAUCAGAAGCGGAGCCAGUGGCCCAGACAAAAGAGCGGAGAGGAGGAGAGUAGAAAAGAAAGCUUCCUUUUUAAUUUAGUAUUAUCAAAUAAACGUGUGACACUAUUUAAAGAAUAUUAAUGCAAUUUCUGUUUAUCUAGACAUUUUAUUUCUUUUUUUGUCAGUUUGUUGUACUCGUUUCCAACAAACAGUUAGUCAUGAUCCCCCUUUUUGUUUUUCAUGGGUGGAUUUGGGCUCCUAAAUAAAUAUUUCACUUUUGAUGUUCACCAUAUCCUGCACCACAAUGUUCACAACCUGGUUACCGUGGUGAUUAUCACACCUGUAGGUCACCCUUAAUAAGAUACAAGUCCCUGAAAUAUACACUUGGAAGUGUAUCCAUGUUGCUGCUGUUAUUUUCACAAUGUAAAUCAGAAGCACUGUUACCUUGCCAGGAGAACUAAACAAAGCCAAGUACUAUGCUAACCCAUUGUGGUCAAGGUGCAGAAGCAAUAUUCUGCCACUUGGACCAUGCCUUUACAUUUCUGUCAAAAAUAGGCAACAUUGUCUACUCAUUUUUGCAAUCUACAUUGUUACUUGCAGUAAAUCCUUUUAAUAAUGUAUUGGUUUUCUGUAUUUUUCUCCCUCCCGGACCGACAUCAAUCACAUGCAUCCAUGGGGAUGAAUUGCUUUAAUUAGUAAAUAGACAUGGAUACAAAUAAUGUUUCCAAUAACUUGGUCCAGUCAAAAACAAAAAAGCUUACGCAUGUGUGAGACUACUACAAAGUGAAUAAUCCAUAUCAAUAUAUAAUGUCAAAAUAUAGCCUAAACUAAUUCACAGCUAGUUAUGGAUGAUUUAGAACAUAAUUUAUUAAUCUGGAGACAUGUUUGCGUCAGAAUUGUACAGAUGGUCCUCAGGUUGCGAACGAGUUCUGUUGGAACGUUUAAUACCAAAAGUGCUGACAAUUUGGUCGGAGUUUCACCUCUCUCGGAGCUGUGAUGUUCAUUUUCACUUCUAUGGUUAUGGCUUUUCUUUUUUGAGAUGUCUUCCCACCAGAGGAGCCUACCUUACGCUUGGGAGACAUAAAGUGCAAAAAGUUCGAUAAGCGAUGUCAUCCGCUCUGUUCAUUGCCUUACAAAUUACACUAACAGUGCAUCAAACCACGGGCAUUAAAAAAUAACAGUUGGAUAACAAAAACACAUAAAAUAAAUCAUUCAGAAAUUGAGAUUAAAGAAAUAAAAACGUAACAGAAAAGGGAUAAAUAAAUUAUUUAAAAAAAAAGAAAA